AAUAGAAGGAAAUCCAGGAUAAAAUGGUAAAAGGACAGAGGGAUUUUUACUGUGGUAUGCGACUUUUUUCUAGGAAUCUGCGCCGGCGUGACGUCACGCCGUCAGUGACAACCUGAUCGCCGAGUGUUGUCAAAAGUUUCGCCGUGUAUAUAGGAUUAUAUACGCGUCAGCGAGUUAUCGUAUAAUCCUUUCUCCCUCUUCGUGUAUAUCGUGUGUUUGACAUUGAAAAUAUUCCGCGAUAAGCGUCUGUCGUGCAUUCACCAAUGUUGCAAUGAUGCAGAAGCGCGUCAUGUAUGGCGACGCGCGGAAACUGUGCGAGAGACAAACGCAAUUGGACCCGUACGGGCCCUGCCUCGCGUCAGACUAACGAUCAAUGGCUUUAUUCGAGAAGAGAUACACGAAUAAAGUGUUGUUAGAUGAUACGGAGCAGUUGACCAGUGUCAUCGAAAAUGCGAGGACCAUCGACGGGCAUACGGAAUACGUAAUCAAAACACAGAGAGGUCCAUUACCCGAAAGAUCUUGGAGAGUGAGCAGACGUUACAAUGACUUUGUACAGCUCAAUGCGACUUUAUCCAUAUCUGGCUUUGAUCUGCCACUACCACCAAAAAGAAUUAUUGGUAAUAUGGAGCCAGACUUUAUAGCUCAGAGACAAAUAGCAUUGCAGAAUUAUCUAAACAUAGUACUAAUGAAUCCUAUACUGGCAUCUUCACUUCCCAUGAAAAAGUUUUUAGACCCUGAGAAUUAUACAGCACCAUUACAUGAAAUCGCUCUACAACAAGUGUCAUUAGCAUUAAGGAGUGACGCCAAUUUCGAAGUAUGCAAACCCAUCCCUGAUAUGGGUUGGCGAUUGAGAAAACAUUAUUAUACAGUGAAAAAUCGUCAGAAUCCAAAACAAGAACUCUUACUAGCUUGGGUCGAGUUUGGCCCUGACAAACAUUUACAAGAUAAAGAUAUACAAGGAGUUUUCAAGACUUUAGGCUCUCUACGGCAUACUUACAUCGAACCAAUAGUACAUCAGCAUGUUACAGACAACGGGGCACUAAUGAUAAGAAAUUUCUAUCCAAUGGGCACAUUACGUGAUGUUCUGUGUAUCACUAAGCCUAAACAGCCAUUUAUAAAAAAAUAUGGAAACCCAAAACAAAUAAAAUCAUUGACAACUCAAGAAGUCGCGAUGUAUGGUUAUCAGAUAUUGGAAGCCCUAGGAUAUCUUCAUGAGAAAGGAUUACCAUAUGGACAUUUACAUACUGGCAAUGUCCUUUUAACCCCGAGAUGUGCUAAAUUAUUAGAUAUAGAGAAUGGUCUUUUAGGAUUACCAGCAUUUUAUCGGCCUUACGUAGUGCAGAGGCGUAAAUUACAUGCUACGGCUCAGGUUGAUGUAUACUCAUUUGGUCAUGUUUUGUAUGAGAUGGCAUUUGGACGACCACUUUUGGAAGCAACGUGUUCUGAAUUACCGCAUUGCGAAGCAAACUUGAAAAAUUUGCUAGAAGUUAUAUUAUCGCCGGAAGCUUUAAAACAAGAUUUGCCGACAGUGUCUCGAUUGUUAGAACAUUCAUUUUUCGAAUCGGCAAGACGCGCCGCGUUGGCCAUUGGCACUGUAGAGAAACCAUAUUUCAAAUUGAGUAAUCAUUUGAAGGAAGCUUUGCAAGAAGCUGUAAAUAAAGCUGAACAACGAUUGCGCGAUGAACAGAAAGUUGUCCGGCAUCAGAAAAGGCUUGUCAAAGUUCAAGAAAUGAUGAGUUCUGAAGAAGAGAUGAAAAAGCGAAAGCAUAAAUUGAAGAAAGAACAGAAAUUGGCACAAGAACAACGCUCUGCAUUACAACUGGGUACAAAUGGGACAAAGCAAAUAAAUGGUAAGAGUCCAGAACGUUCAGACAGUCCAACAAGUACAUCCACGGCUACCAGCGUUGGAACGUUGACUCCUCCAUCGCUUCGUUCUGUAGAUAUUCCGCAAGGAGAUGCGAUUCCUGGCAAAAGUGUUCCACCACCACCUUCGUUGCCGCCACCGUCUGAAGCAUCUAGUGGUGUAUCAAAUAGUGUAUCAAAAUCAUCAAACAACCGUGCUGCUUUACUUGGUAGUAUUUGCAAUUUCGAUAAAAAUAGGCUGCGAAGAAUUGCAAAUGGUCAUCGUUAGAUAAAUAGACGGAAGAUAAAUAGAUUAUAGGGUUACAUAGAUGAAGAGGGAAAAGCCACACAGAUUUAUUUCAGUGUGACUGCCAUGUAAUGUUGGACAAAGAACUUUGCUUGUGCUUGAUUAGAACAGACGAUGUACCUGUAGAUUAUUACAUUGAAUUCAAAGAUUGCCUGGACGAUAUAGCUGUGUCAUAUUCCUCGUGACUCCUAAUAAAAUUGGAAUAUUGUUUCAUUUCGAUCGCGAUACUUGCAUAAAUUUUUGAAUUUUGAUCUUAUUUUAGUGAGAUGUGCUUUAUAUAACAAGAUUCUAGCUUAAAGCAGUUAUAUUAAAAGUACAAUAUAUAUUAAAUUUGUGAUAUAUAAUCGAUAUUAGUCCCGUUUGGCCUAUUCUAUGUUUUUAUAAGAUCUAAUGCAACGCUUGCUUCAUUUAUAGACUUGCCGUCCAAGAACGAGCCUAAAUAUAUACAGAACAAUUAAUCAAAAUAACAAAUGCUUCGAAAAAUUGUCAUCUUCAUGAAUCUUAUAUCGUAUUCUUCCAAAAUAUAUAUACAUUAAAAGCUAUUUAAGCUUAUUAGAAAUAUUAAUAGAAUAUAAUAACAGGAGCAUAUAAUUAUAUAAUUAUAUAUUAUCUAGUUAGCACAGAAUGUAUAAUAAAUUAUGCUGGGAGCAAUCUAAAACAUUUUUAAAAUUAUUUUGAUUGAUAAUGUUAUAGGUUGCACUUGAAUUAAGAAUAUGGCCACAUGAGAAAUUAUAUUUUCUAUAUAGUCCAACAUAUCUCUCUCUUUCUCUCUCUCCUAUUUAUAUAUUAAUUAAUAACACCAUAGAACUUUGUAAUAGAUCUUAUUUAUCAUUGUGGGCCAAGUUUCGCGAUCGAUUUAUGUAUCGUUAUUAUUCAUGGUUCAGUUUUCUCUUUUUGGAAUGUAUAUAUCAAAUUUGUUUGAAUACAAACAAAAAAAGACAGUGAUAUAAUGGAGUGAUAGUACGUACAUAUAUUAAGUAAAUUUUCUCUGGUUAUACUCAUCUACUGUUUUAACUAUUCAAAGAGUUUAUGAUACACACACACACACACACACACACACACACACACACACAUAUAUAUAUAUAUAAAAUAUAAAUACAUAUAUAUACACAUACUUCUCGUUUGUGUUGUUUGCACAAUAAAAUGCGAGGAUCAUACGCCGCUUUUGUAUCGCUCGUGAAGCUGGAACGUCUAGUUUUACGAAUUAAAAACGUGCCAAGGGCAUAUAUGAUCUUCGUAUUGAUGAAUAAUGCGAUAUCAGCAGUAGACUAUAUAGAAUGUAAUCUAUUUCUGUUUGUUGCGAACAAGUAUAUGUCUCGUAUAAAUCCAUUUGUCUGUAGAUAUAUAAAAAAUUGUAAUAUAUAUAAUCAUAUCUUUUAAUACAAUUAUCACUGUUUUAGAUGUA